AUUUGUAAAAUUAAGAUAUGUAAUUAUAACAAGAGCGUUUUUCAUUUUUAUGAAAUAUAGUCUAUAUUUUCGUAAAUCAUUCCUUUUCCGGUAUACAUUGGAACGGCACACAAGUGAACGUUAUAUCAAGUAUCGAAUCUGUCUUAACUUGUAACAAUGGGGAAACGUAAUAACAUGAUCCCUAAUGGACAUUUCCAUAAGGACUGGCAACGUUUUGUAAAAACUUGGUUCAAUCAGCCUGCAAGAAAAUACCGUCGGAGACAAAAUCGUAUAAAAAAAGCUCGUACAGUUGCACCAAGACCUGUGAACCUUUUAAGACCAAUAGUACAUUGUCCAACAUUCCGUUACCAUACAAAAGUUAGGGCUGGCAAAGGAUUUACUCUUCAGGAACUAAAAGCUAGUGGUUUAAACAAAAGAUUUGCUAGAACAAUUGGAAUUGCAGUCGAUCCAAGAAGACGCAAUAAAUCUAUAGAGUCUUUACAAACAAAUGCCCAGAGACUGAAAGAAUACAAGGCUAAUUUAAUUCUUUUCCCCAUAAAUGAAAAGAAGCCCAAGAAAGGUGAUGCAAGCGAGGAAGAAAUGAAAGUGGCAACACAAGUUAAAGGAGAGGUUAUGCCUGUACGACGUCAACCAGCUAUCAAAACAAAGAAACAUGCUAUUACUGACGAUGAGAAGAAAUUCUCUGCAUAUAUAACAUUACGAAAAGCUAGAGCAGAUGCCAGAUUAGUGGGAAUAAGAGCAAAACGUGUUAAGGAUGCUACAGAAAAUCCUGAUGAUGUUACCAAAAUUGGCAAAGACAAAAAGUCUAAGAAGUAAUCUUAAUUUUGUUCUAUUUAUAUAAGUGCAAAAAAAAUAAAUUACUUCUACAAAAAUAUA